UUGCACGACUUCCUGAGGUAGUGGAGGCCGGCGAGGCAAGGGGGCUGGAUUAUGAGGUUACAAAGGGAAAUCUGUGAGACUCUCGCAGCUGGCUUUCUGGGGAGGCCGGGGAGUCUUGGCAGGAAGAUAUUCGCCGAGGGACACGUGUUUUCGUGUAGGCGCUUCUGCUGCGGGAGGAGAACCAUGGCUGAAAAUGCAAAGAAGCUGGCCGGCUAUGCUGCCGUGGACAAUCACGUGCAGAACAACCAUGCUGUUGGUGUGGGCAGUGGCACUACUGUCGUCUACGCUGUGGACAGGCUGGCGGAAAGAGUGCGACAGGAGAAGCUGAACAUCGUCUGUGUCCCAACAUCCUUUCAGGCCCGUCAGCUGAUUCUACAGAAUGGUUUGACCCUGACUGACCUUGACCGGCACCCUGAGCUGGACGUGGCGAUCGAUGGAGCAGAUGAGGUCGAUGUGGAUCUCAACCUGAUCAAGGGAGGCGGGGGCUGUCUGACUCAGGAGAAGAUUGUCGCUGGUUGUGCCAAACGUUUCAUUGUCAUCGCUGACUACAGGAAGGACUCCAACACCCUGGGGCAGCAGUGGAAGAGAGGGGUUCCAGUCGAGGUCAUCCCCAUGGCUCAUGUGCCUGUUGCUAAGGAGAUAGAGCGCAGGUUUGGGGGCGUGGCAGAGCUUCGCAUGGCUGUUAGUAAAGCGGGCCCAGUGGUGACGGACAACAGCAACUUCAUUUUGGACUGGAAGUUCGAUCGGGAACACAACUGGAAGGAGGUGAACACGGCCAUCAAGAUGAUUCCAGGCGUGGUGGAGACAGGGCUGUUCAUUGGCAUGGCAGCACGCGUGUAUUUUGGAAUGCAGGAUGGCUCUGUGAAGAUAAAAGACUCGCCGCACCACUAAGAGGCACACAGAUGGCGCAGCACCUGCUGUCUCAGCCCACAGCUCACCUGAAGUGCCUAUCUGGACCAGUCAGUCUGCCCUCCAGCUCCACAUCGCCAGCGAACUUCUCAAGACCGGCUGUAUGGCCUCCUCUUGUUUGGACUUGUUCUUAUGGAUGGGCGGUUGCCUUCUUUUUCUUCUUUUUCUUUGCAGCAGAGUCCUGGGAGAUGUCUCGGGACAAUAUUUAGCACUCUGAAGUGGCCUUGUUCUCCACAUUUCAGUGGUUGCCAGUUGGUGGUCUCUUAGCUGGUCUACCCAGUGCCUGCACUCUUCUAUGAAGAGGAGGGGCAUCUGUGGUCUGUGACCUGUGACCUCAGCUCCACAGGUUUAGCCUAUGUCAGUUUUGCCUUAGUUUCCAGCUUAUAGCUGGAACUCUCCAGUCUGGACAUCCUGCCGCUGGCAAGAGUACAGAGGUGUGCCACUCAGGCCCCCCUCAUUUUAUAUUGCUUGGGCACAGAGGUCCCUAAUGUUCUUGAAAUCUUGGUUCAGAUGCACUUUUUGUUUUAAUUCUUUUCACUAUUCCCAAAGUUUCACAUAUGCACGUAAAUCUGUAUUUCUUCGUCUUUUGUGUGCCUUGUCGUAGUUUUAGACUGUAGUGAUGAGACUGUCCCUUUGAGUGCUUCUCUACUUUUUUACACAGCUGCAGCUACUCCCAGCCAGUGCGAUCUCUGUAUGUGUGCAGUAUAAAACACUUAACUUGUGCCUCCGGUUGAUGUCCAUGUCAGCACUGGCUGCAGCCCUUCAGAAAGUCUGUAGAAGACCAGAUAAAGAAUGCUUCUUAGUAACCUUACUAUCAUUUGCAGGCUAGGAUUCGUGUAUCUGCGACACGUUAUCCUCAAGGUCACACGGAUCUCUGUGUGGCAAAACAAAAGUUGUUCAAAUGUUCUACAGCAGUGUAAUUAUAUGGACUGUAAUUUUCUAUGUCCAAGGGGAGGAAGUUCCUUAAACCUGAAAUCCAGUAAAUUUUACCUUAAAAAUAACUUGGUAUAUUAAUGUUGUAACCCUUCUGUAAAUAAUUUGUUCUGGCCUGAAAUCAUUCCUUUUUUGUUGACUAAUUCAAUCCCCAAACAAACCUUGCACUGGAGCUAAAGGUUAAGGAAACCUGCCUGUACAAAAUACCAAAUGCAUGUACUUUGAAUGUAUACUUGUACUGAAUACUGUUUUAUUGAUGAAGCGAUUAUAUGCUGUGCCUAAUAGUGUUGUCCUUGUAGAGCACUGUGGGAGUGGCCUUGUCUUGAGUGCUCUGAAGUCUGGUUCACACAGCAGUGAGCAGACAUUUCCUGAUAAGACCAGCCUUCAGAGUCUGAGGUGUGAGGUGUGGUAGAGAGGAAGUCGUAGGGGUUGCACACAGACCUGGCAGCGUGUCCCUGAGCUUCAGUAUUCUCCCAUCCAGAACGGCAGUCAUGCUGACAAGGACUGAACCAGCCCUGUAUCAACCAGCAUGCACAGCAGCAGAGUGUAAUCAGCCUGCUGAGUAAUGUUCAGAAGUAUGCUUGAGCUUCACAGGUGCAAGAGCACAUAGAACACAGCUCAUUCUUAUUCCUGGACAUUUUUGGGCUGAAAUCUGUAAAUUGACUUGCUACCAGCAUUCACAAAACUAGAAAAUAAGCUUGUGGUUUGGAUGGAGGCCUUUUCUUGCCACCUUGGUUUCGUAGUUGUCUCCACCUACAAAACCUGAUGUUGCAUGUCUCCAAGAGCAUUUUCUCUCUGUCCCUGAAUUCUCUCACUUCCUCUCAGGCCACAAGAGGACAGGGGGGUAAGAUUACUUUGGGCGCAUUGCCCUGGCAGCGCUGAACUGGCCUUGUUCUGGAAAUCCUGAUUGUUGUUCCGUGACAGCACUGGGAAAUGGUUUCACCAUAUCAAGUUCACAGAAAGCUGGUUUGGGAAGCUGGUGGUUUAAAUGGUUUUAAGUUUCAGACCAUGAGUUUCGUUGUGUGCUGCCAGUUCAGCUUGCUGUGAAGUGUUAAAUCUCUGCAGUGGGCUACAAUAAAGGACUCUUAACUGUGCAAA